GAGUCGGAAGUUAAACAUGAUUUGUUUGAAAAUGGCCGCCAAACAAGCUUAGACAUACCAAUAUUUUUAUACUUAUGCAUUGUGUACAUAGUGCAUAGCAAGUUAUCAUCAAAGACAUAACCAUUUUAUUGUAAAAGCAAAACUUAAUGGUUACGCAUACUUAAGGAGUUAAAACAACACUUGGCAAGAAGUAUACUAUCGUAAUUUGUAAAUUCUUAGUUACAACUUACAAAUACAAGGAAUACAUACACAGUCAAAAUGAGAAUAAGUGGUCUUGUUCCAGCAAGAUUUCUCACAAUUGUCGCCCAUCUUGUGGUAGUUAUAGUUUUAUUUUGGUCAAAAGAGGAGAAUAUAAAACAAUGUUUGCCGAGUAGCUACACUCAGUCAGAAUAUGAUGACAAAGAUAUGCAAAUGAUAAUUGGUUUGUCUGUAGCUCUAGGAUUAUUUGGUAUAGAGCUGAUAGGAUUCAUCGGUGGCAUCUCCAUGUUUUUACCUAUGCAAAGCAUGUUAUCAAUAGCAGCACAUUCAGGGGCAGCUGUAGCAUUGUCAUAUUUUAUAUUCCGAUCCUGGCCUUGUUAUCGCUACUGGUAUAUCUUCAGCUUCUCAAGUGCUCUGCCGGCAUUUACAGAAAUCUGUGUUAUGAUUUUGAUUGGAUGUUGUAGACGAGGACUUUUAUAGCCCUUAUUGUUAGUAAAAGUGCAUGUAAACAUGAUAGAAAAAAAAUUGCUAAAUUAUAUGAAUAUCAAUUGGACUUUGACUUAAAAGUGAUCUGAGUCUAAAAGUAACUAUAUUUUGUUGCUAUUGAGUAACACAGCUUUAUUGAUUUGAUAUAGAUAUGUGUUAAAUGAUCAAUAUUUGUGGUUAAUUAUGUUAAAACAAUUAUAUUUACAACAGUCUCAUGAUCUCAUCAUGGAGAUAUAAUGAUUACGUUAAUAGAUAUUUCAUGAAACAUACCAAAUGACUAUCUGUUGAAAUUACUUCCCUUGGCUAGUUUGCACAAGGGAGGUAAGAAUACUUACUACAGAAUGUUAUCCUUGACAAUUGAACAGCUUGUGCAGCACAUGCAUCUGGUACAGUGGCAUUAGUUUACUUCCUGUUUCAGUUUUGGCCAUGUGACUAUUACUGGUACAUCUUUGGAUUUUGUAGUGCCUUCCCGGCAUUUAUGGAAUUAUUAUCAAUGUUGGGUGUGGCUUGUUUCCAUGUGGAAUUGUGAUCUUAUACAGAAUUAUUGAUUUUAGGUGUAUUGUUAAAUUAUUGCUGUAAACAUGGUAAAUGGAAGCCUAAGAGAACUUGUUUACAAUUAGAAGCUAUACAUUUGUUGGCCUAUUUGGCCCAUUCAAUCCACCAAACAUAAAAUCUUAUGAAGUUAUAGGAUACAAUUAAUCAUCUUAAUUUUGAUACUUUAAAUCAUGGAUUUGUGUUGAAAUUUCACUGUGACUUUAUCAUGGAAAUAUACAUAAUUUAAGUAUAAAGGUUCAUAAUACCCACGAUUAUUUUUUGCCUUGAGUCUAGAAGCACAUAUCAUACUUUUUUGUAAGCAAAAAAGUAACUUGUAUUACUGUUUAAUGUUUAAAUGAAGUACAUUGCCAGAUUGAAAGGCAUUUAUGAGAUAUUUGAAUCUUAUUUGAAUAGGAAUAAUUACGUUAUAAAGGAAUAAUAACGUUGUUUAUACUACCUUCAAUUAUUUAUCAGUUGCAUUUUUUAGAUAUAUACAAGACUUAAAAAUACUUAGAUAAAAAGACUACGCACAUUUCAAAUUUAGGAUUUAUUACAAAAAAUAAUAAUAAAAAACUUUAAUACGAAGACAAUAUUCCAUGAGAAUUUGUUUCAUAGUUACAAAUGCAUGUAAAGAUUUGUGUGAAAAUAAUCAAGAAAGUUCUGAAUCAAUUUACUCCUAUAGAACCGUCCAUGAUCCCCAAAGAUCAUCAAUAUAAUUCCUCGAUACGAAAAAUCUUUUGCCUGGUUGUGAUUGUGUAUUGUGAAUAAAAAAUUUAUACCAUGCUGCCAAAUUUAUAUUUAUAAUAUAAUGUAUAUUUUCUGUAAAUUAUAGAUCUGAGUUUGGAUAUUUUGUUAAGAUGUUUAGAUUUUUUACUUUUAUGUAAAAAUGAAAUGUGCUAGUUCAUAGUCUGAAAAUAAAAUCAUUUGAAGAAAAGACUGUUUGAAUGUAUGUCUUAAUUCACAUAGAACAUUAUAUGUAGUCUUAUAUUUAUUUACAGUGAACUGUACAUGACAUUUAAAUUAGAUAUACAAUGUAUACAUGUCUAGUGUGUUGAAGUUACCUGUAGAUACUGAUAAAGAUGAGAAUCCAAGAAAUUUUCAUAUCUGGCCUAACAUUACUAUGCAUGGUCUACAAAUUUUACGUAAUAAAUAUAUUAAAUCUGUGAA